CCACGCGCCGCGCCAGUCGCUCUCCACUGCAGCGAAGCGGCACAGAGAGAGAAAGAGAGAGAGAGAUAGAGAGAGAGGAGGACUUGCGCCUACUUUCAGAUGCCACAUCCCCUUUUACUAAGGACACCUUUUGGUUGAGUUCCAGUGCCAGUGGUGUCGCUGUGCGCAUCGAUGGGUGAUCCCGACUCCGUGGAGUCACACCGCGUCCCCCUGCAUCGUCUGGUCCGAGUCCUUCCCCGCCACCUCCUCGUCUCCUCCUCCGCGUCUCUGCCGGGCUGCGGCGGCUCAUCACUUCAUCGCUUCUCCGCUGCCUGUAGGAUUUGUUCCAAGUUCCGGACGUAGGACGGGCUAACUCUACUGUUUGGUUUCGUUAAAAAACGACUCUUGGUGGGCUGUGAGUGUGGUGGACCCGCAGAGGUUUCCGGCGGGUGUGCGUGCGUGAGGUGGGGUGGAUCCAGAGGCGCACCAGAGCAAUGAAGUUGAGCGGUUCCACUUAGCAGCGUUGCAUGUUGUGAUCGGCUCGUUAAUUCAGUGUAGCCUACUGCUUCAGUCUGCUGGUUGAUAGUUCGAGGCUGGUCGUCCGAGUAGAUCGCGAUUCCUUUGCCUACUUUUUGUUUAUUAACAACGAGCCCAAGAGAAAGAUGAAGACCCUUUAUGACUUUUCACAUUUGACUUAAGCAAGCGACGGAGAGACUUCUCGAAACUGCACUACAGGAACCCUUCGACCCCCGUGCAGCCCACCUUACCGACAACGAGUUUGCUAGUCUUCGAUAAUCGGUGUGUGAGUGUGGAGGGGGCGGGGAUUACCGAUCACAAACGGUAAUCAAACGACCGCAGAACACACACCACACACAUUUGAGGCUAGUGUUGGUCGUAACACGCGGAGACCAUGAAGAAGUUCCGUAAGGUCCUAGACGGCCUGACCACGUCGUCCCCCGGAGGGACUCUGGGCUCCCCUUCUUACAGCAGUGCGGCUGGGACCCCCACCGCGUCCACUCCCAGGGAGAUCGAUGUCCAGGAGACGCUGGUCUCGGAAAACUUUCAGCUAUGUAAGACGGUGCGCCACGGCUUCCCCUACCAGCCCACGGCGCUGGCCUUUGACCCCGUGCAGAAGAUCGUGGCCAUCGGAUCCCGAACCGGAGGCGUACGGAUACUGGGACGGCCUGGGGUCGACUGCUACUGUCACCAUGAGACCACAGCCGCCGUUCUCCAGCUUCAGUUCCUCAUCAACGAGGGGGCGCUGGUCACGGCGUGCGCCGACGACACGCUACACCUGUGGAACCUGCGGCAAAGACGACCCGCCAUCCUGCACUCGCUCAAGUUCAACAGGGAGAGGAUCACCUUCUGCCACCUUCCGUUCCAGAGCAAGUGGUUGUACGUGGGCACGGAGCGAGGCAACACUCACAUCGUCAACAUCGAGUCCUUCGUCUUGUCCGGCUACGUCAUCAUGUGGAACAAGGCCAUCGAACUAUGUACUAAAACACACCCGGGCCCGGUGGUCCAUCUGAGUGACAGCCCCAAGGACGAAGGAAAGGUGGGUUUGCCAGACGAAAACCCAUUUGUAUCACACCCCAACAACUGUCUGCCCUUCUGCUCGCCCGCCCUUCCGCCUGACGUCACCCUGUCUCGCCGUUUAAAGGGACCCGGCAGAAAGUUAAGUCUGCCUACAGAUCUUAAGACUGAUCUUGAUCAUGUCAAUGGACAUUGCACUAGUCCCACCUCCCAGCCCUGCUCGGCGGGGAAGCCCCGCAUCCCGAUCGGUCCCGAGGGGUCCCGGCUUACCCGCAGAGGGCCCGGCAGGCCGCCCUUCCGCAAGGCCCAGUCCGCCGCUUGCAUGGAGAUCUCUUUGCCUGUGUCCCAUACCGAAGGUUAUACGUCCAGGAGGGCCAUGCUCCAACAGUUGCACGGCGUCAGUAUGUACUCCCACGACGAGCACCACUCGCCCGCCGCCUACUGCUGGAGCGAGAAAGGAGCCGAGAGCAGGGAGAACUCCUUCAGCCGCUCCCGCAGCUCCAGCGUGUCCAGCAUCGACCGGGAGACCAAGGAGGCGGUGACCACGCUGCAGUUCGGCGAGUCGUAUGGCCGCAAGGGCGACGCCCAGCCCACCCCGUGCCUGUGGGUGGGCACCAGCCUGGGCGUGGUGCUCCUCAUCCCCAUGUCCGUGCCCACCGAGGAGGAGGAGCGGGUGGAGGAGCCCGUCACCAUCGGCCCCGGCGGGGCCGUCCUAUUGAUGAAGGGCUCAAUCCUGCGCCUGGCCUUCCUGGACCUGGCCGGGGCCAUCAUCCCGGGCCCCCACGAAGUGUGGCGGGACCCCAACGGGCCCGAAGACCCAGACCGACCCCGACCGCGCAAGCUGAUCAACUUCUCCCCGUGGUCGUCGCAGGACGGCUGCGCCGAGGGCCACCUGGCCGUGGUGUGCUCCGAGCGGCAGGCCAAGGUGCUGCUCAUGCCGUCCCAGGCGUGCCUUUUCGUGCACAACAUCACCGAGUCGUCCUUCGUGCUGCGCGCCGACGUGGUGACCGCGUGCAACAGCGUCUGCCUGGCCUGCUUCUGCGCCAACGGCCACAUCAUGACGCUCAGUUUACCCAGUCUCAGACCGCUGAUGGACGUCAACUACCUGCCGAUGACCGACAUGCGCAUCGCCAGAACCUUCUGCUUCACCAACGGCGGGCAGGCACUCUACCUCAGCUCCCCCACCGAGGUCCAGAGAAUCACCUUCAGCCAGGACAUGUGUGAAAACCUGCAGGAGAUGCUGGGAGAGCUGUUCACGCCCAUAGAGACGCCCGAGGUCCAGAACCGAGGAUUCCUCAAGGGCUUCUUCGGAGGGAAUGCCCAGAACCUUGACCGAGAGGAGCUCUUCGGCGAGGCGUCGGCGGGCAAGGCCUCGCGGAGCCUGGCCCAGCACAUCCCGGGCCAGGUGGGCAUGGAGGGCAUGAAGGCGGCGGCCGGCGGGGUGGUGGGGGACCUGGCGCGGGCGCGCAUCGCCCUGGACGAGAGGGGCCAGCGGCUGGGCGAGCUGGAGGACCGCACCGCCCACAUGAUGACCAGCGCCGAGACCUUCUCAAAGCACGCCCACGAGCUGAUGCUGAAGUGUAAAGACAAGAAGUGGUACCAGUUCUAAUGGUGGGACGGGGUGCGGAGACCUGCCCCCCUGGCCCACGACACGGACUUUCACUCUACAUUAUGAGCGAGAGAGAGAGAGCGGGAUAAAGAGAGAGAGAUAGACGGUGGGAGGAAACGAAGGCGCUACGAAGAAGAGGGGACUCCUGCCUUGAAAACGGGGCUCUCUCUCUCUCAGGAGGCUUCUGGUUGAGCAGCUGUUGGCACAUUGUUGAAGGGGCUCGACGGGUCGGGCACUUGUCUAGACGCGUUGUGACAGGAAGGAGCACCACGACUAGAGGACAGUCUCACCAGGGGGCCCUGAGGAAGUGGACGUCCUAGUGUGUGUGUGUGUGUGUGUGUGUGUGUGUGUGUGUGUGUGUGUGUGUGUGUGUGUGUGUGUGUGUGUGUGUGUGUGUGUGUGUGUGUGUGUGUGUGUGUGUGUGUGUGUGUGUGUGUGUGUGUGUGUUUGAACUGAGGAGGCUCCUGGACCUCUGUGUGUAGAUACUCUCAAGUUAAGAAACCAACAACAAAAAUGCAUGAAAACAAAAACAUACAAACAAAAAAAGUGGAUGACUACUAAAAAAAUACAAAAAACUGCCAUAUUCAAAAGCAGCAUGCUACUUUAAAACGGAAGGAGGUACGGAAAUUACACUUUUCUUUAAUAAUAUAAGCCAAUGAGAGAAACUAUGAGAAACUUUAUAUAUUUUUUGAAAUAUUGAGGAAAAAAUAGUCUAUAUAUAAAAAGGGAAAUGUAUACCUACAUUGCUAUUAAGCCAAAAUUUGUGUUCUCAUUUAAUGUUUUUUUAAAUUUGGUUUCAAGAAUUCCACAUCGAUAUUCAUUAUGAACACUUGAUAUUAACACCUAACACAAUAUUAAAGCAUAUAUAGCAGUGUUUUCUCUAUGGAUGGACUCACAGCGUCUAAUGCUGACACUUACCAAUUACUUAUCUUCACUGUCAUACUGAUUUCCUUGUUUUUGUUGCUGCUAAUUAAUGAGAGCAUCACCCAAUAAUAGUACCCUUCCCAAAAUACAAUCAAUAGACUAUGAUGAGAUUAUGAUAGCGAAGGCCAUUGGAAAUGUUGUGGUGGUGACUGAGAGUUGAGACAUUAAUUGAGGGCCAGGGCAGUGUGUGUUAUAUUGAUACAGCAAUUGUACUAUUCAUGUGCCAUAUAAAGAAAAGAAGAAUUCAAAACUUGAUCCGGGAUUAGCACCCACCCCUCUACAACCCUACUGUAACACAGACAAAGAGCUAAUGUAUUGGUAGGGUGAUCAGUCUUGUUUACGAUAAUUCAAAUAAAGUCCAUUGAAAUGGCGGCGAUGAGAAUAUUUUAUCAUAAUCCGAGGGCUGGAUCUGAUUUUGACGUUCUAGAUAUUUUUUAUUUUUUACUUAAUUGUCGUUAUUUGCUGUUGUCAUUUGUUGGUUUGAAUUUUUCUGAUGCCUUUGUGUGUUUGAGAUCUGUACGCCAUUCCCGUGAAUGUUUGCGUGUGCAGGCACGCGUACGAAUCACAGAGAAGAGAAGAAAAGAGGGAGGGAGAGAGAGAGAGAGAGAGUUAGAGGUAGAUGGAGAGAGAUGGGGAGAGAGAGGCUGAAUCCCAAUAGCCGGGCUAAGGUCAGACUCUUCUUUCUUUGCCAAAGCAAUCGAAACAUGAAUGAACCUCCUCUUCUCUCACCCCAACACAAGUGUUUGUAUUGCUCUUCGGUGGAUUGGAGGUUUUACGUACCAGCGUAUCACUGCAGGUAUCCUACUGUUUUGUAAUGAUUUAUUCUCAUGAUUGUUGAUUAUCUUACUGCUUAUUGAUACGAGACGGAUGAUAUGAACGACGCCCAGUUGACCUUAUAUGGAGUGCAUUUGUACGGGACAGGGUACAGAAGGAACGUAAAGAUCUGUUGUUGUUUUUAUCGUGACGUUUAGGUAUGGGUCAGUCAUUAAUGAAAAUGUGUACAAUACGUGUGUGAGAUAUUCACUCUGAUUUGGUCUAUAAAGGCAAAUGGGUUUUCCGUUGGUUUGUUUUAGACUUUGACAUAUUCUUGACGACUUAUGGUAUUCUCGUGUCCUGAUGCCAUUUUCUAUGGUAAUAUUCGCCUCUCCAGAAAGGCUUUGUAUGUUUAAAGAAGAAAAAUAACAAAGUGUUUUAUGAUACAUUGUUACGUAUCAUGUUGUUAAUUGUGCUGUACAUGGAUAGGUUUCCAAACAUCACUAGCCAACCGCAUUAGCCGACGGCGUAUUGGUGUUACCUGUGUGCAUUCAGGUCUACGGGAGCUGAGGUUUUAAGCUGAGGGUUCUCCAUCUCAAACAAGUUUGGCCUGUCGUCAUAUGUGAGAGUAUCAUAUGUGCAAACACAAGAGGCUAUUUGCUGCCUGCAACACCAAUUGACAGCCAACCACAGAUUAGCCCACGAGACCCCAUAUUGAUAUAGGCUAGAGCCCUAAUUGAAUUAGAAAAAGCAAAGACACUGGAGUUUUUAAAAAAGCGCAAUUGUCCAUUGUCUUUCACCAGAUAAAAAUGUGGUUAUGAACACAACAGAGAAUAUAGCUUAUAUAUUUCUCUGCAUGUACCAUCAAUGAAACUUUCGAUGGCAAAGAAUACAUUAAGAAACAUUUAAAAUAGGUUCCUGUAGACAGGGUGUUUUAUUGUUUGUUUUGUUUUUUUUACCAACUGUACAGCUCAAUCCUGGGAGUAAAGAGAGAGAGAGAGAGUGAGAGACAAAAAGUAAAAAAAACAUUCAUAGAAAAAAGGAGAAUUAGAGUAUUUUUCUCUGUAACUGUCGUACCCGUCACUGCUGGUAUUGAAGCUGGGCUAACCUAGCGUUGUCUGGGUCCCUUGGACUAGGGUUGUCUUCUGACCAAGCAUUUCUCUAGUUUUAUCAAAUGAUGGCAGCAAAGUUUGUCUUGUUUAAAUGGAUUCUACCACCUUUCGUUCUUAUUGAUAUUAUACUAGUGUAAUAGAAAUUACUGGACAAAAAAUAUCUGAACUAUGUUGAUGCAAAAUCAAGUUUAAAUAAACAUUGAUUGAUGUACACAA